AUGACCUUGGCCAAUGCGGCUCCGCGGCUCAGUCAGGCGUGUGGUCAGGAAGGCCGCCAGGGUUUGCCACACUGGAGGGAUGUGGCACACAGGAGAGGGGAUGUGAUGCCAAGUAGAGACCCGGCCCGAAAAGAGGUUUUAGGCUCCUGCAAGUUAUUUGGAAGCUGUCAGAAUUUCAAGAGGAGGAUGGUAGUGCUCAACAGCCUGAGGGCCAUUCUUCAAGCAUCUUCAUGCAGAUGGCUGUGGCGAAGUUUCCAGAUUCUGAGGUCCACACCAGUGAGGCGCUGCAGCCUCUAUACCUGCACUUACAAAACCUGGAACUGGACCCGAAUUAGCCACCCUUGGGAGAUACCAUUCCAGUGGUGUCAACAAAGCAGAAGCCAGAAAACACGGAUGCCCUUGUGGAAUUUGGGUCGUUUGACCCUUCCUGCCUGAUGCCCACUUGCCCGGAUUACUGGACCUACUCGGGGUCUCUGACUACCCCGCCCCUCUCUGAGUCUGUCACCUGGAUCAUUAAGAAGCAGCCAGUAGAGGUGGAUCAUGAUCAGAAAGGACAUAGAAGGCCAAGAUCGUGCCAGAAGUGAAGAAAGAAACUCCUGCCCCUCCCAAAGCUGAAACAAAAGCAAAGGCUUUGAAGGCCAAGAAGGCAGUGCUGAGAGGCAUCCAUAUCCGAAAAAAAAGAUCUGCUUUUCACCUACCUUCCUAAGACCCAAGACACUGAAGCUCUGGAGGCAGCCCAAAUAUCCUCAGAAGAGUGCUCUCAGGAGAAACCAGCUUGACCACUACACCAUCAUCCGACUCUCUCUGACCACCGAGGGUGCCGUGAAGAAGACAGAAGACAAUAACACACUUGUUAUUGUGUUCACUUGUGUUCACUGUGGAUGCCAAGGCCAAAAACACCAGAUCAAACAGGCCGUGAAGAAGCUCUAUGAUAUGGAUGUGGCCAAGGUCAACACCCUAAUCAGGCCUGAUGGAGAGAAGAAGGCAGAUAUGCGACCAGCUCCUAAUUAUGAUGCUUUGGAUGUUGCCAACAAAACUGGGAGCAUCUAAACUGACUCCAGCUCUAAAUAUAUACUUUUUCACCAUUAAAAAAAUAACAAGAAAUUCUAUGCAUAUUGGAAAGAAAAAUACUUUAUAAAAAGUCCAUACCCAAUGUUCACUCUGAUGUCAUUAGUAUCUUAAGCGAUAUCUUAGAUAUAUAUGAAAAGUUAUUUCUACCAUUAUGAACUGUCUUAAGAAGAAAAGUAUACCAUAGGAAUAGCUGUGUUUUCAAAAUAAUAUAGCUGGGAACAUUCCAUAAAUAAGGAGUUGGCAAAAAACACAAAGGGGUUCAUUAGGGAGUAGACAGUGUUAGGGAUCUCAUUCCUCCACAUCGGCUGACUGACCUUACCCCUGCAUCCUAAAACACUUGGCCUUCCCUGACCUCAAAAACCAUUUGCAGCUCCCUUGUUAAGCUCCAUUUAGUAUCUUCAUUGUUUGGCCAUUCACUUCAGAUCUGGCUCAAAUCUGUUGCCAGAUCUUGAAUUCAUUGCCAACUUCUACUCUCUGUCUCUCCCAAGCCCACUCUGCACUUCAGCAUUAGGACCAGGCCAUAUCUUCCUUCUGCACUUGGUCCUGAGGGACACAUUCUUAAGAGUGAUACCACCUAGGAAUAGACUUACGAACUUACGCACUUACCAUCAGUUACCCUGCAGCCCUGGACACUUCGUUUUUGGGAUCAGAUCUUUAACUAUUAGGGAAAAUGUGCCUCACUCUACUCCAAGAUUACCAGUAGAAAUAGAAAAAGAGAAGUGACAUUAGUAUUCAGAUAGAAGAUGAUCUAUACAUGGAAGUAUGAAGACGGAAAAUUAUAGGAAAUCAACAUUGUGAGUCUUCAGACAAAUCCUGGAUGGCCAUUUCCUUAACUGCUUACUUUACGGAAACUGAAAUUAACCUCCACUCUAGGGGAAAGAAACACACAUCACUUUUACUGACAAGAGUAAAUUCAUUUUUUUAGAGCAUCCAACUGUUCACUUUUGCUAUAGGGCAUACAUGCUCACUGGAGAAAGAG